UUUAUAUUUAUAUAAUAAACAUGAUUUGAACUUUAACCUCGUAAUGUGACGAGGAGGCUAAACCAGGCUAAACCCUGGCUAAACCGGGUUAAACGGCUAAACCGGAACAGUUUGACGUCUUAGCCAUUCAGAACCAUUCAUUCGUUACAACUCAAUGCUCCUCGCUCACACUGACAGAUCCAGUGCUUUCUAAGACCAGUGAGUUCCCCCCCUCCCCCUCCCAAGAUGGCCGCCGACUCCAUGGAGAUAGACGACUCCCUGUACAGCCGUCAGAGGUACGUGCUGGGGGACAGUGCCAUGCAGCAGAUGGCCCAGUCCUCUGUGUUCCUCAGUGGAAUGGCGGGACUGGGAGUGGAGAUCGCAAAGAACAUCGUGUUAGCAGGCGUGAAGGCAGUGACACUGCAUGACACUAAGCAGUGUGAAACAAAGGACCUGGGCUGCAACUUCUUCAUCAGACAGGAUGAUGUGCUGAAUCACAGGAAAAGGGUCGAGGCCGUCCACCCUAGGGUAGCAGAGCUGAACCCAUAUGUCCAUGUGGACUCAUCCUCCUUCCCUUUGGACCUUUCUACUGACCUCAACUUUCUCAGGAGAUACCAGUGUGUGAUUCUAACUGAGGCCCGGCUGAGUCUCCAGAAAAAAGUGGAUGAGUUCUGUCACUCCCAACAGCCGCCCAUCAGGUUCAUUGGCUGUGAUACGUACGGGAUCUGUGCCCGGGUGUUCUGUGACUUCGGGGAGCACUUUGAGGUAUCGGACCCCACGGGGGAGGAGGCCAAGGAGAUCUUCAUCCAGAACAUCACUCUGGAUGACCCUGGGGUGGUGACCUGUAUGGAUGGCAGGACCCAUGGUCUGCAGACAGGACAGAGUAUCUUGUUUAGAGAGGUCAAUGGCAUGGACCAACUCAAUGGCACCGCACGACAGGUCACAGUUCUUUCCCCAUACAGUUUUGCGAUAGGGGACACGUCUGGUCUGCAGCCAUAUGCACAUGGAGGCUUCUUCCUAUUGGUUAAAACCCCCAGGACCUAUAGCUUUGAAACAAUGGAGCACCAGCUGUGUGAGCCUAAGGUUCUGACACCUGACUUCAGCAAGCCAGAGGCUCCGCUGCAGAUCCACGCCGCCAUGUUGGCUCUAGAUGACUUCCAGGAGGAGCACAACAGAUUGCCGAACAUCGGGUGCUGUCAGGAUGCAGAGGUUCUGGUCAGGCUGACAGAGCGGGUCAACCACACCUUGACAAACAGAGCUCCAUUGUGGCCUGAGCUGGCCCGUUGUCUCUCCAGAACAGCGCAGGGCUCUCUCCCACCAUUGGCGGCGGCGGUCGGGGGCAUGGCCAGUCAGGAGCUCCUCAAGGCACUCACAGGGAAGUUCGCCCCACUACAGCAAUGGUUUUAUCUAGAUGCUAUUGAGGUAGUGAAGCCUCUCCAGUCUCUGUCUGCAGAGGAAUUUAUCCCCAGAGGGGAUCGGUAUGAUGGACUGAGGGCCUGCAUCGGGGAAUCCAUGUGCCUGGAGCUUCACAAGCUGAGGGUCUUUAUGGUUGGAUGUGGGGCCAUUGGCUGUGAGAUGCUGAAGAACUUGGCCCUGCUGGGCGUUGGAUUGGCCCAGAACUCAGGGCAGGUUUGUAUGUCCGACCCAGACCUGAUAGAGAAGUCCAACCUGAACCGACAGUUCCUCUUCAGGCCCCAUCAUAUCCAGAAACCGAAGAGCUCUACAGCUGCAGAUGCCACCCUGGAGAUCAACCCCGAGAUGGAGAUCGACGCUCACCUGAACAAGGUGUGUCCUGCCACAGAGAGCAUCUACAAUGACCUCUUCUACUCCCGUCUGCACCUGGUUGUCACGGCGCUGGACAACGUGGAGGCACGCCGAUACGUAGACAGCCGCAGCGUAUCCAAUCAGAAGGCUCUCCUGGACUCGGGUACCAUGGGAACCAAAGGACACACGGAGGUCAUUGUGCCCAACCUGACAGAGUCGUACAACAGCCAUAGGGACCCUCCAGAGGAGGAGAUUCCAUUCUGCACCCUCAAGUCUUUCCCAGCCAUCAUUGAACACACCAUCCAGUGGGCACGGGACAAGUUUGAAAGUGCGUUUGCCCACAAGCCCUCCAUCUAUAACAUGUUCUGGGAGACCCACAGCUCAGCAGAAUCUGUUCUGCAGAGGAUGCAGCGAAGAGAGAGUCUGGAGGGUGCGUUCCAGGUGGUCAAGUUGCUAAGUCGACGGCCCAGCCAAUGGGAACACUGCAUCACAAUGGCACGCCUGAAAUUCGACAAGUACUUCAAGAGAAAGGCUCUACAGCUGCUGCACUCCUUCCCUCUGGACACUCGGUUAAAGGAUGGCAGUUUGUUCUGGCAGUCUCCCAAACGCCCCCCGUCUCCAAUAGAGUUUGACCUGACCGAUGCAUUGCACUUCAGUUUUGUUGUCAGCGCGGCUCGGCUCUACGCACAGAUAUACAACAUCCCCUAUUCAGAGAAGGAUCUGUCACAACAAGCAGUGUCCAGGAUUCUGUCAGAGAUCACCAUCCCAGAGUACCGGCCUGCAGAGAAGCGUAUUGAGACCGAUGAGAACGUGAAGAAGCCGGACCAGAUGAAGCUGUCUGUGAGCAGCGAGGAGGAGAGGGAGGCCAUCGCCCAGCUCGAGGAGGCCAUCGCUGCAGACCAUGUCACGCCAGAAAGGUUGCGGAUGUCUCCACUGAUAUUUGAGAAGGAUGAUGAUGCCAACGGCCACAUGGAUUUCGUGGCGGCCGCGUCGUCUCUCAGGGCCAGGAUGUACGCCAUCGAGGUGGCCGACCGCCUCAAGACCAAACGCAUCGCCGGCAAGAUUAUCCCCGCAAUCGCCACGGCAACCGCCGCCGUCGCUGGGCUGGUGUCCCUGGAGCUGGUGAAAGUGGCGGGGGGGUACGGGUUUGAGUCGUUCAACAACUGUUUCUUCAACCUGGCCAUACCAGUGGUGGUCCUCACUGAGGCGGCACCUGUCAGGAAGACUCAGAUCAGGGAGGAUAUCUCUUUCUCUAUCUGGGAUCGCUGGGUUGUGUGUGGUCACCAAGACUUCACACUCUCCAACUUCAUCAAUGCAGUACGGGAGCAGUAUGGAAUUGAACCCACUAUGGUGGUCCAUGGAGUCAAGAUGCUCUACGUUCCUGUGAUGCCUGGACACAACAAGAGACUGAAACUGACGAUGCAGAAGUUGAUCAAGCCGGCUGUGGACCGUCGUUAUGUUGAUCUGACCGUGUCGUUUGCCCCUGAGUCAGAUGGAGACGAGGACCUCCCUGGACCCCCCGUUAGAUACUACUUCACCCGCGACGGAGACGCACCACCCGACUCCCUUGGACUGUAAUGACCCUAAGACCCAAGUAACUACCCAGCUGUACCCCCAAGUACAACCAACCUUUAGACAUCAGACUGCACCCCCAAAAUACAAUCACCCCUGAGACACAUCAGACAAGAUUCAGCUAGAAUGGGGCUGGUUCUAGAAUGGGGCUGGCUCUAGAAUGGGGCUGGCUCUAGAAUGGGGCUGGCUCUAGAAUGGGGCUGGCUCUAGAAUGGGGCUGGCUCUAGAAUGGGGGGAGGUUCUAAAACCCCUAGUCAAGGGCAGAUGUGAUUCAUCUAGAACAGUGGUGACUCUAGGACAGGUUGUUUUAGAACGGGGGUGGUCCUAGAACAGGUUGUUUUAGAACGGGAGUGGGCCGAGAACAGGUUGUUUUAGAACGGGGGUGGGCCGAGAACAGGUUGUUUUAGAACGGGGGUGGUCCUAGAACAGUGUGGCCCCAUGGACCACAGUCAGAGAGGGAGCAUAGAGGUUGUCCUCUUUCUAUCUCUGUGACGGACUGUAGCACUUGACUAUGUACAUAGGACCUCCUGUCUUUUGUGUUUUAUAUUCUGGUUUAAAGCACAGCCCUGACGGCUGGGACCACGCCUUAAAUGAAUACCUUGUUGUGUUUUGUCAACGUGGUGAUGCUGUUGAUCAGAAGUAAAACAAGUGGUUACACACUCACACUUUCCAGGGUUUAUUUUUGUGGAGGAACAAAGGUGAGGUACAGGGAGCGAGGGGUCGGGGGGCGAGGGGUCGGGGGGC